AGUCGGAAUGAUAUUCGUCGAACACAGGAAGAGUAGCAGAGGUCGCUCCUACUUCUGCACGAACCGAUAUCCAUACAUUACACACAUGGGGAUUGUUGUUGGAUGAACAGUGCUGUGUACAACGAAACUGUGUACAGUGGGAACUACAAUGGUCACGGGCUUGCGGUAUGAGAUGAAGACAAGGAAGGCAGGUCAGCGGGAUAUACAUUAUUUUAAAUAAUUAGAAAUUAACACCAGCUGUCAUUAAAUUGCCCACCUGCAUCCAGUGUCAGAUACCAUUCAUCUCCGAACUAUCUCGUCUGAUCUGCUAAUGAGUUUGAAUUUGGUCUGUAGGUCUGUACUCCUACAAAGUGUUAUAACAACGAUAUAGAGUCAGAUUCCAGUAGAGGAGUGUAGAUAUCAGCAACAUGCCCCUGUCAGACUUCCUGGACGGCCUGAAGGAUAACCCAUACUUUGGGGCUGGCUUCGGACUGGUCGGGGUUGGGACAGCGUUGGCAGUGGCCAGGAAAGGCGCCCAGGUGGGGAUGAUCUUCUUCCGCAGACACUACAUGAUCACUCUGGAGGUCCCCAGCAGGGACAAGAGCUACAACUGGCUGCUGAGCUGGAUCACCAAGCACGCCAGGCACACUCAGCACCUGAGCGUGGAGACCUCUUACCUGGCACAUGAGAGUGGACGGGUGCACACGCAGUUUGACUUCCACCCAAGCCCUGGGAACCACAUCAUAUGGUAUGGGAGGAAGUGGAUCAGGGUGGAGAGGACCAGAGAGAAGCAGAUGGUGGAUCUGCACACUGGAACGCCAUGGGAGUCCGUCACUUUCACUGCUUUAGGCAGAGACAGACAAAUCUUCUUUAAUAUCUUGCAAGAAGCAAGAGAACUGGCCCUGAAGCAGGAGGAGGGACGGACGGUAAUGUACACAGCCAUGGGUGCUGAGUGGAGGCCCUUUGGAUUUCCACGGCGACGCAGACCCCUCAGCUCUGUGGUCCUGGAGUCUGGUGUGGCGGAAAGGAUUGUAGACGAUGUAAAGGACUUUAUUGGAAACCCCAAGUGGUACACAGACAGAGGCAUCCCCUACAGAAGAGGAUAUCUGCUCUAUGGACCCCCAGGAUGCGGUAAAAGUAGCUUUAUCACGGCGCUGGCAGGCGAGCUGGGCUACAGCAUAUGUCUGAUGAGUCUGAGUGACCGAACCCUUUCUGAUGACCGUCUGAACCACCUCCUCAGUGUGGCACCGCAGCAAAGCAUCAUACUGUUGGAGGAUGUAGAUGCAGCCUUUGUCAGCCGAGAUUUGCUUCCCACAGAGAACCCUCUGGCCUACCAGGGAAUGGGAAGACUGACCUUCAGUGGUCUCCUAAACUCUCUGGAUGGAGUGGCUUCAUCUGAGGCCAGAAUAGUUUUUAUGACCACCAACUUCAUUGACAGGUUAGACGCAGCGCUGAUCCGGCCCGGCCGUGUGGAUCUGAAGCAGUACAUUGGCCACUGCACACACUGGCAGCUCACCCAGAUGUUCUGGCGGUUUUACCCUGAAGAACCUGCUUCGGAGGGAGAGCGGUUUGCGGAGCGCGCGUUAGCCGCUCACUCUGAGAUCAGUGCUGCUCAGGUACAAGGACACUUUCUGCUGCACAAAAUGGACCCUGCAGGAUCUAUAGACAAUGUUGCCCAAAUAAAAGGAUGACAGGACUGGAAGAUGUCUGGAGGCUGAUUACUGAAUAAAGAGAGAUAUGAGAAACAUGAGUAACUUGUUUUCACAUCUCCCCUUGAGGGACAGUAUUACAAAAAUAAAUAUGCUUUGAUUCCACAGACUAUCUGCAGUCUGUGAUUGGUACCAAAAAGCUUUCUGCUGUGUUGAAGCAAAAGUUUCAGGCUCUUUAGAUGCUCAUAUUCAAGCUGCUCAAUGACCUGCGCUGCAGUAAAGUUAAGAGAACUUUAUUUAUCCUAGAAAAAAAUGUUUUGAGGCAUUAAUGUAAACCUUUUCUUCUUCUUGUUUGUUCACCUGCAGUUUUAAAGGCACAUUCCGUGAUGUACAUGUAAGCAAAAGUGUCUCCUUACAAGGGACAGAUUUGAUUUGCAGGUUUUUUAAUAGACAGACUAGCAUGUGACACAACAGCUAAAUCUAAGUUAUUUUAAUUUCCUGCUGCUGUUCAUGGUUUGUGUGAUCAGUGAACACAAAAAAACUGCU